AUGCUUCCUCCCCGAACGCUCGCCGUAUCAUCUUCUGAUCACCUCACUCUGGGCGAAAUAGCAACCAUAACAACGUUGGAAAGGAUAGGAGGAGCUAUAAGCCUCGUGGCCGUCUGCUUCAUCUUCGUCGCGUAUGCGCUUGUGCGUCGAGCCCGCAAUGUUCAAAAUACCUUCAUCGUGUUUGCCAGCAUUUCCAACGUCGGUGCAAGUAUAGCCUGUAUCAUUGCAUUGGAUGGAUUGGUGCUAGGUGAAGGAACAUCCUUGUGUCAGACACAGGCAUUUUUAUUCGAAAUGUUUAUGCAAUCUGACCCUUGGUGGUCCUUGGCUAUGGCCAUCAACGUUGUUCUCGUCUUUUAUUUUCGUACGAGCCCAGAUUCUUUCCGUCGCUGGUGGUGGCUAUACUGUCUAAUAUGCUAUGGCGGGCCAUUCAUUAUCGCCUUGUCGUUGCUACUCAUACGGGGUUCGCCCAAGGGCUUGGUAUAUGGGGAUGCAGUUAUAUGGUGCUGGAUAGGUGGUAAAUGGGCCGGUGUGCGGAUUUACUCGUACUACUUGUUAAUCUUGAUAUGCAUUGCUGGGACAAUUAUCAGCUACGUAUUAGUUGGAUACCACGUAUUUCGAUCACGAAACAGACUUCGUAGCUUCUCCGUGUCUAAGAGCCGCGAGGUAGGCCACAGUGAGCAUGUUUCGAACGUUGAUGACAGCCAACGUGUCGGUUUCUACGGAACCGUUACCACUGAAGUUCUCGUCACCCACACCUCGGCAAGCAACCUCGUCUACCCCAAGAAUGCACAUUUCGCCCAACACCGAGAAGCCGCCCCCUUCCCGGACGCCACGCUCCGAACCUCUGCAAACGCCGCGGCAUUCAUCUCCAGCGUGUCUGCCACCCCUCGCCGUCAGAAUCUACUACUACCCAACCCAAUCAACGGCACCGUAUCAGCCUGCAAAUCCAUUGCCUCCAAAUUUUCCGUCGAGGACCCCAUCAAGCGGGCCUACCUGCGAACAAGUCUUCUCUUUGGCCUCAGUGUUCUAGUCACCUGGAUCCCUAGCAGUAUGAAUCGUAUUCACAGUUGGAUAGAAGGCGAUUCCCCUUACACAUACCAGGUCGCCAGCGCCGCUGUGCUGCCCUUGCAAGGAUUCUGGAACUGCGUUAUAUUUUUCGCCACAAGUUGGAGGGUAGUUAAAGACGACGUAAUGUACAGGGCUGGCAGGAUGCCACCGAUAUCACACAAUGAGAGCGGAAUGGGGACUCUCGAGAGGACCGUGAAUAGAGAAGAAAACAGGGCUUUGACGGAUUAUGAAGUCGAGUCUCUGAAUACACGGAGUGAUGUCGAGUUGCGGGCGGUUGAGCACGCACCUAGGAAAGGGGUAGCUAUAUGA